AUGGGUCUCUUUGCCCGAAAAAGAAUUGAGGAGGGAGAGUUUGUGUGCGCAUACUGGGGGAGGCUUGUAACAAGACAAGAAUAUGACAAAUUGAAACAAGCAGGAAAAAACGACUACUGUUUCACAGACCGAAAAGUAGUAUUCAUAGACGGCACAAACCCUGAAAAAAGUGGACUGGCAAGACAGAUUGAGGAAAACGAAGAGCUGGAAUACAACUAUGGAGACGAGAUGGCACCCUGGAGAAGCUGUAGAAAAUGUACGACGCGUCGAGAAAACUAUCAAAGUGAGGGUGAAGAAGAACCUCCAUUAACCUUGGAAAUUUUACGCGCUGAGCAGAAACAGUGCGCCGAAGAAGGGCAAAAAGCGAGCGGAUCUCAGAUUGUACAUACCCUAGUUUCGGAGACGAGUGGAAGUGAGGAAGAAGUGAUAUCAGAAGAAGGAUCAAUGAUACCGCCACCAUUGAUCAAAAGACCAAUCACCGAGCUGAGUCUCGCAGCCAGCUUCGGGUUCAACAGUGAAGACAGUAGUGAUGGAGAGCCAGAGGAGGAUGAGCCCAUUAUUGCAGAUGAAAAAGCCAAAGAAAAGCCGCUCUACCUCACAAAGCGAUUCAAGACUGUGGAAGAGAUACCGGAGAAGAGAUCUAAACAGAAGGAAACAACAUCAAAAAUAUCAGAACCACAGAUUGAGGAAAACGAAGAGCUGGAAUACAACUAUGGAGACGAGAUGGCACCCUGGAGAAGCUGUAGAAAAUGUACGACGAGUCGAGAAAACUAUCAAAGUGAGAGUGAAGAAGAACCUCCAUUAACCUUGGAAAUUUUACGCGCUGAGCAGAAACAGUGCGCCGAAGAAGGGCAAAAAGCGAGCGGAUCUCAGAUUGUACAUACCCUAGUUUCGGAGACGAGUGGAAGUGAGGAAGAAGUGAUAUCAGAAGAAGGAUCAAUGAUACCGCCACCAUUGAUCAAAAGACCAAUCACCGAGCUGAGUCUCGCAGCCAGCUUCGGGUUCAACAGUGAAGACAGUAGUGAUGGAGAGCCAGAGGAGGAUGAGCCCAUUAUUGCAGAUGAAAAAGCCAAAGAAAAGCCGCUCUACCUCACAAAGCGAUUCAAGACUGUGGAAGAGAUACCGGAGAAGAGAUCUAAACAGAAGGAAACAACAUCAAAAAUAUCAGAACCAAAUUUGCAGAGUUUCUUCUCGUCUAAUACGGCCGGAAACAACAAGUUGUCGAGUUUGACAUCUUGUUACAAGAGAUAA